GUAGAUUAGAUAGAUUGAUUUAUAUUAAACCACCAAAUUUUCAAGAAAGAUUAUCAAUAUUAAAUUUAUUGAGUAAAAGAUUCAAUUUUAAUAAUAAUCAAAUAAAUUUUCAUGAAAUCUCACUAAAAACACAGAGUUUCACAGGAGCUGAUUUAAAAUUUUUAUUAGAAAGAGCAGCUUUUAUUGCCUUUAAAAAAUAUAAACUAAACAAAUCUCAAACUGAUUUUAAGGUUGGUAAACAAAUCAAUCAAACUGACAUAUUGGAAGCAUUAUCAACAUUUCAGCCAUCAAUUAGUUUAAAACAAUUGGGAAAAUAUGAUAAAUUCAAAGCUGGGAACCCAGCUGCUACUACAAAUAAUCCUGAGAAGAUUGACAAUUCUUUACUUAGACCUGGUAGAUUAGAUAGAUUGAUUUAUAUUAAACCACCAAAUUUUCAAGAAAGAUUAUCAAUAUUAAAUUUAUUGAGUAAAAGAUUCAAUUUUAAUAAUAAUCAAAUAAAUUUUCAUGAAAUCUCACUAAAAACACAGAGUUUCACAGGAGCUGAUUUAAAAUUUUUAUUAGAAAGAGCAGCUUUUAUUGCCUUUAAAAAAUAUAAACUAAACAAAUCUCAAACUGAUUUUAAGGUUGGUAAACAAAUCAAUCAAACUGACAUAUUGGAAGCAUUAUCAACAUUUCAGCCAUCAAUUAGUUUAAAACAAUUGGGAAAAUAUGAUAAAUUCAGUCAAUCCUUUAUCUAA